GUCGAAAUCGCAACUUUUGAAAAGAUAGGAGGCCAAAAGUGCAAUUAAACCUUUUACUAAAUAGUACAAAUUCAAUAAACUAGUUUAUUUGGUAUGAGCUAACUUACAUAGAGUUAGUUAACUCUCGAGGGUGGAGAGUGGAGACCUACUGAAAGGGUGUGUCACUUUCACAUUACCGGCUGAAUUCCCACAUUUGAUGCUAUAGUUAAAGUACCUUCUAAUGCUAGACUUACAGAAGGAAUGAAUUCGCUCUUGCUGAAAAAUGGUCCAGCAGCUUUUUAAUGCAGUCACAAACAAAAGGCUCUCUCUGAUUGAGACCAACCUGAGAAAAGGUAAACGUUACUUACUCAGUAUUUUGGCACUAUGAAGGGAUGGUGAAGUUGGUGAACUCAAUUAAUUAGUCUGAAGAACUUCAUUUAUUUAUAAUCUAGUGGUGCUAUGAUUGGUUGCACAUGCCUUGCAUUUAAUUACUCUCAUCCAAGGGUCCUACCACAGUGGUGUUUGGUGGUGGGACACUGACUCACUCACUCACUAGCCUGCUUAUGCAAAUUUAGUAUGCUGCUACUUUUCUAUUACUUUUUGUUCUGUUACAUUUUAUGGUGUUUAUGAUUUUCAAACAAAUAUUGAAACUAGUGCAAUGGAAUGGUACUGUAAGUCUGUAAGUAUAGAGGAUAAUAAUGUACCGAUAUUAUCAUAUCAGUGAAGUUCAUUGGCUUCUAAUAUCUUAAUGUCCUUAAUCUGUUGCCAAUUUGCCACUAAUGACUAGGAGCCUCAUCCUAGUUGAAAAAUCUCAAAUACUAUAUGUUGCAGAAAAUGAAUGGCUGUUUGAUGGUGGAUGUUAAGGAUGAAUGUUGCAUGAAUGGUGGCGUUUGGCUGAAAUCUACGUGAGAUUAUGCUUGAUGGUGGGGUGUACCUAAAAACACUCUGACGUCUAAGUCAGUAUAUGAUUGAGGUUGAACAGCUUGUUGGUUCAGUCACCUCUCAACAAUUCAAACAAUCACCUGUUUCUGGACCUGCCACCAUUCGUCUCCUCUUCCAUGACUGCUUUGUAGAAGGUUGUGAUGCAUCAAUUUUAAUAGCAUCAAAGCCAGGGAGCAAGGAGUUGGCAGAGAAAGAUGCAGAGGAUAAUAAAGAUUUGAGGAUGGAGGGUUUUGAGACUAUAAGGAAGGCAAAAGAAGUGGUGGAGAAAAAGUGUCCUACUGUGGUGUCCUGUGCAGAUAUUCUUGCAAUUGCAGCAAGAGAUUUUGUGCACUUAGCAGGGGGACCCUAUUAUCAAGUGAAGAAGGGAAGAUGGGAUGGAAAGAUAUCAAUGGCAUCAAGGGUAGGGUCAAACAUCCCCCGUGCAAACUCAACCGUUGAUGAGCUCAUCAAAAUCUUCAAUUCAAAAGGCUUAACCAUACAGGACAUGGUUGCUCUUUCUGGUGCCCACACAAUUGGAUUUGCUCAUUGCAAGAACUUUUUAACCCGCCUCUACAAUUACCGAGGCAAGGGUCAACCCGAUCCGGAUAUGAAUCCUAAACUAUUGAAAGCUCUUAGGAUGUACUGCCCAAAUUUUGGUGGAAACACAGACAUUGUUGCCCCAUUUGAUGCAACUACUCCUUUCAUAUUUGACCAUGCAUAUUAUGGUAACUUGCAGAACAAGAUGGGGUUGCUAGCAUCUGACCAAGCUUUGGCUUUGGAUCCACGAACCAAGUCACUGGUUCAAGAUUUUGCAAAGGAUAAACAAAAGUUUUUUCAAGCUUUUGCAUCUGCUAUGGACAAAAUGAGUUUAGUGAAAGUUGUGAGAGGAAAAAAGCAUGGGGAGAGAAGGAGAGAUUGUAGCAUGCAUAUGUGAGAACUGAGAGAUACUGUUCACACAAUUUUUGCAUUUAUAACUGGAUUCAUUGACUUCACUACAAGUUUCUUUUAUGGAGUUCAUCUUGAAGCAAUGAUUUUGUUUAGUGCAGUUAUAAAUGCAAUAGUUGUUCGCAUUUAUUCACCAAGAUUAAUCUUUUAACUAGUGGCAGUAUUCAUAAUCAAUAUAUAAAUGAUAAUUUGACAAAUAACAUUAUCAUACAUCACGAUAUUAGUAUCAAAUGAUACGAUCUAAAAUCAUUUUCAA